AUGUUAAUACAAAGAUUUAUAAACCAAUCCGAUUGCCAAUUAUUACCAAGAAUCAAGCUUUUGAAAUUAUUCAAUAUUUUGAAAAGGCUCCUUUUGGACAGGGUGAUAAGACAAUUUAUGAUGAAACAGUGAGGAAAACAUGGCAAUUGUCUCCCUCACAAUUCAGAAUUACAAAUCAACAUUGGAAGCAAUAUAUAGAUAAUUUGGUGGAGAAACAAGUGAAACCUGGACUUGGCAUUCAUUCGAGUGUUGUUGUUCGAAAUAGUUUGUACAAAUUAUUGUUAUAUGAGGAAGGAGGACACUUCGAUUUUCAUAGAGAUACAGAAAAGGAAGACAAAAUGUUUGCCACUCUUGUGGUGCAGUUGCCAUCUCUUUAUUCGGGUGGUGAAAUUAUUGUUCAACAUGCUGAUUCAGAGGAAACUUAUGAGUUUGCUAAAGAAGGUUCAUCUAAACCUUUCUUCUUUAGUUUUUAUUGUGAUUGUAACCAUAAGGUGGCCAAGUUGACCAGUGGAUACAGAUUAUGUCUAGUUUAUAAUGUUUGUUAUGCUUCUGGAAUCAAGCCAACAGUUGUAGAUCGAUCAGCACAUUUUGAAAACUUGAAUUCAAUUGUGGAAAACUGGGAUUCUGAAACACCAUUCUUGUGCUACCUCUUGGAACACAAAUAUUCUGAAGAAGGAUUGAAAUACGAUUGCCUCAAAGGAAGAGAUAGCAAUCUAAUGCAACUUCUCCAACAAUACAAUGCCAAAUAUAACAGUAUUGGAAUUAAGCUUGGUAUAAUGAGAAAGCAACAAGAUGGUGGAAGUGGUUAUAAUAAUUUCUGGACAGAACCAAGUUUUGCCAUCACUCAUGUUGUGGGUGAGCAGGGAAAUGAGGAAAUCAAAAGAAGAUUUAAAAUCUCCAAAAACAUUAUUAUUCCAGAAAAUAUAUUGGAAAAUCUUGCAGUUUCAAAGAGCGAGUUCGAAGGACAUACAGGUAAUGAAGGAGCAAGAGCAACGAGGUGGUAUAGCAGUGCGUGCAUUUUAAUUAGUCCAAAUCGUUUCAAACAUUUAUUGGCACUGGAGAUUGGAGAAACAGAAUCUUUGAAAGAACUUGAAAAUAUGUGGACACGGUACGAGCAAGAUCCAUCUCUUUUGGAUACAGUUACAGAUUUUGUUACAAGGUUUUUGCGAAACAAAUAUUUUAAAAAAACCCUGGUGACCAAGUAUGUCAUUAAAUUGAAUAAUACCGAGCUAGCCAAAGAUUUACUGAGAGUUUCCUCGAGUGGCAAUAACUUGGAUGCUGAGAGUUUAGUUUCAUUGAUAAAAGCAUUUGGGUUGGAAACAUAUAGAGAGAGGGUAAUGGAUCUUUUGGUAAAAUGCAAAGCCAAUCUUGCCUAUGGAUUCUUACAAGANAUAGAGGAUGAGGAGAUGGCAGAGAAGGUCAUUUCUUUUUUUAGUGUAAAAGGAGGGGCCUCGAGCUAUGAAAGCAUU